AUUGAUUUGUUCGUAGGUGUCAAAUAUCGAGAUGUAGUUGGUAAAGAAGGCCUACAGUUACAGUGCCGAAAGCCCUAACAGGAAAGCGGGGAAGUGCAGCCGCGGUGAGAGGCGCUGCCGUCGGACACUCCGCCCCUUCCCCCGUGCUUCGGGGCCGCAGCUAUGGAUGCGGACCAUCCCGAGGCUCGGCUGUGCCCGUCCUGCGGCGGCCAGCCGAUUAAUCCGCCAGCUGAUCUCGAAGACAGAUCGUAUGAAAUCCCGAAAGCCUCUGGCGUCAUGUGGGCGUUGAGUCAGAAAUAAAAGCGGACCGAUGAGGUUCCCUUCACGCCUGAGACAGAAGAUGGAUUUCAGCAGCAGUCGGAAUAAGGUCUCGUUUGGUACGCCGUACGAUUGAGGGUGGUAAAAUGUGGAGAAAGGAAUAUGACGCGCACUUUGAAUAUCUCUUGCAUCUACUCGAUUCCAGCCGGUCCGGCGUCUCCCCGGACACAGCGUCGGACUCCCACUCGGAGCUGGGCAGCUCGGGCCAGCUGGAGCAGAGCGGCAGGGAUGUGGUCGUCAAGGGCGGCAGCGCCGACAGAGACGCUGCCAAACACCUGGCUGGGAGGCUCUUUCGUCUGGAAGGGUUCAGGCGCCGUGAUGUGGCUCAACACCUGAGCAAGAAUAACAAGUUCAACCAGAUGGUGGCAGCAGAGUACUUGAACUUCUUCAACUUCACAGGCCUGACCUUAGAACAAGCACUAAGGACGUUCCUGAAGACCUUCCCCCUGACGGGAGAGACGCAGGAAAGGGAACGCAUCCUGGCUCACUUUUCCAGAAGGUUCUCCUCGUGCAACCCGGUCUCCCACGUGUCCGAAGAUGGCAUCCACGCGCUGACUUGUGCCCUCAUGCUGCUAAACACGGACCUGCAUGGACAUAACCUCGGCAGGAAGAUGACCUGUCAGCAGUUUAUCCGCAACCUGGACGGCCUCAACGGUGGUGGCAACUUCCCCAAGGACUUGUUAAAGGCAUCGUACCACUCGAUAAGGAAUGAGAAGCUGGACUGGGCCCCCGAGGAAGAGAAGCCUUUAUCGGGGACGGAGGACAGAGGCGGCGCGGCAGUGAAACCUUCAGAGAGCAGGAAUCCCGUCAUCAGUGGCCCGCUCUCGCCCGGCAGGACCACGCACAAACACGGCACCCUGCUACGCAAAGUCCUGUUUGAAAUGGAUGGCAGACCCGCGCCAAGAGUACGCCGUAGCUGGAAGAAGUUCAGUGUUGUCCUGCGGGGGGCAGUCUUGUACCUCCAGAAGACACAUGCUGCUUUGUCUCCACCUGGUGGUGAGGAUGAAUAUAACCCUGACAAGGAGCCGUCGGAGGUGAACCUAAAGGACCGCCUGUCUGUGCAUCACGCCUUGGCCUCCCGGGCCAGCGACUAUGGCAAGAGGCCCAACGUGUUCAAGCUGAAGACGUCCGACUGGAAGGUGUUCCUCUUCCAGGCCCCGAGCGAGGAGGAGAUGGUGUCAUGGAUCCGGCAGAUCAACCUGGUAGCUGCCCUCUCCUCUGCACCAGCCCUCCCAGCACCUGUCGGUUCCAGGAGGAAGUUCUGCAGACCCUUCCUGCCCUCGUCCACCACCAGGCUGAGCCAGGAGGAGCAGCUAAAGAGCCAUGAGAACAAACUCAAGCAGAUCUGCUCGGAGCUCGAGAGCCACACCAGGACCCCCACAGACGCCACGGGCUGGGAGGAGCGGCUGGCCAUGGAGCAGUACCUCACUUUCGAGAGGGAGCGAUACGGGGCGUACGUCUCGCUACUGCGUGCCGAGCUGGAGGGAGGCGACCCGGGCCGACGUCAGGAAAGCCCCCCGAGGGAGGGGAGCAUCCCGCCCGGACCCCCCAGCAGGACCACCGCCAGCCGGCGGAGCUGAUGCCCCUCUGCGAGAUGCACCCGUCUCUCCAGCUGCGCCUCUGCUGGACAACCGAGGAACUGCAACCGGACGGGAGGCACUGUGGGCAUUUUUAGCGACAGGUCAAAAAUUGAACACAAGGAAAAGGAAAUGGAAGCACAGCAAUUUUUAGGGGUCCAAUAGGGGUGAAGUGAAGGAGAGCUCCGGGUCUGCUACCCCCCCCCUCUGCAUGUGGGGGGCACAGCAGUCUCCAACAUCAUCCCUUCUCGUCUUCCUGUGCGGAAAUAGGACAGCCAGGAAGCUGGACCGUACCAGAGGCAUGGCGACCCUUGCAGCAGACCAAGCCCCCCCCCACCCCCCCAGCUGAGCAUUUCCCCCAGAUCGGGAAUAAGCGGCUGUAACAAUCUGUCAUUUUGUUUUAUCGAAUUUCAUAAAAGCAUUUUAGUUUCACGUCUAUUUCUCUACCAAUGUUUACGACACCAGUUUCAGCAGAAGAAUGUUAUUUAGUUGUCCUAAUGUAAUGUUACAUUAAAACAAUUAGGUUUGUAUUUAUUAAGUUAUCCUAAUGCCUUUUUCAUAUGGUUACUGUACUCUGUCAUUGUAACCUUAUUUAUUUUUCCUUCAUUUCUAAUUUAUUUUCCCUGCCACCUUGGACACAUUGUAUUCUUUAGCUAAAUUGCAUCAUAAAAAAAUUAUUAGUUUA